UUAAGUCAUUUGCUACUAUCCACUUAUGUAGUUGUAUCGUUAAAAACUUUAAACGUCAACCUCUUUUCAGUAAACUUAUUAAAUAAUUCAGUAGGGGCACAGGUCGUGGUAUAAUGGAGUAUUAUAGAUUCCAAGUCACAUUGUUCAUGUGGCAGUGCUCGCGCGACACCCGAAGUGAUUGGGUACCGUAACCAUGUAUCAGGAAACCGAUGGAGUCACCUCCAAGAUCGAGAAAAACAAAUUCGAGUCUUCUAUCAGUGAGCUGAAGAAGAAGGCGUUUGUGUCUGCUGCUGACAUAGAGAGCUAUGGUGAGAGCGGUGUGACGGAGCAAUAUCAAAAAGCGUACCAUCGCUCCCUAGUGGAUCCCGAGGGAUUCUGGGCCGACGUGGCAAAAGAGGUCGAGUGGGCUAAGCCUUGGGAUAAGGUUCUGGAUCACUCCAAUCCUCCCUUUACAAAAUGGUGGGUAGGCGGCGAGUUGUCCGUCUGUCACAACGCAAUCGAUCGGCAUGUGGAGAAGGGCCAGGGCGACAGCGUGGCCCUGGUACACGACUCACCGCUCACGGACACAGUGAGGCGGAUCACUUACAGUGAAAUGAGGGACCAGGUAUCUCGCUUAGCCGGGAAACUGUCGGAGCUUGGAGUGACGCGAGGGUCCCGCGUCCUGAUCUACAUGCCGCUGAUCCCCGAGGCAGUCGUCGCCAUGUUGGCGACCAACCGCAUUGGGGGCAUCCACUCUGUGGUAUUCGGAGGAUUUGCGGCUAGAGAGCUGAGAACAAGAAUUGAGCAUGCGGAACCCACUGUUAUUAUUGCAGCUAGUUGUGGAGUUGAACCUAAUAAAAUUGUUAGAUACAAAGAUAUCUUAGACGAGGCACUAUGUCAAAGCUCACACCAGCCCUUGAAGUGCAUUAUUUACCAGCGGCGAAGAGUUCUUGAGUGUUCUCUAGAGAAAGACAGAGACAUGUGCUGGAUAGAUGCACUUGAGAGCGACCCGGUGCCAUGCGUGCCUGUCGAGGCAAAUGAACCCUUAUACAUUUUGUAUACUUCUGGAACAACUGAUGCUCCAAAAGGUGUCCAACGCCCAUGCAGCCAUGCAGUUACGCUUUGUUGGUCCAUGAGCACGAUAUAUGGCUUAAAAAAAGGUGUUUGGUGGGCGGCUUCUGACCUUGGUUGGGUAGUGGGUCAUUCAUAUAUCUGUUACGGCCCCCUACUUGCCGGUCUGACCACUGUUUUGUACGAAGGCAAGCCGGAUCGGACACCCGAUCCAGGACAGUAUUUCAGGAUAAUAGAACAGCAUCGAGUAAAUGCGUUAUUCACAAUUCCCACCGCAAUUCGUGUGCUGAAGAGGGCCGAUCCCAACGCCAAAUACGCUAGGAGAUAUUGUAAUCAGUCUUUGAAAUCAGUAUUCAUUGCCGGAGAACAUUGCGACCAAGACACACGUCUAUGGGCAGAACGUAUAUUUUCAGUGCCCGUACUAAACCACUGGUGGCAAACAGAAACAGGGUCAGCGAUUACUGCUGCCUGUCUUGGGUAUGGCAUUAAAUCAGUACCGCCACAUUCCGCUGGAUACCCUGUUCCAGGAUAUGAGAUGCAUGUUCUAAGAGAAGAUGGUUCAGAAUGUCAAACGGGCGAAGUUGGUAGAUUAGUCGCAAAGCUUCCUCUGCCUCCUGGGUUUGCCUCGACACUUUGGCAAGCAGAUGACAGAUUUAAGAAGACAUACUUCGAGUCGUAUCCAGAUUACUACGACACUCAAGAUGCUGGUUGGAUAAGUGCAGAAGGAGCUGUUUGGGUUGUAGCCCGUGCAGAUGACAUCAUUAAUGUAGCUGGUCACAGGCUAUCGACUGCAGCUAUUGAAGAUGUUGUGCUAAAGCAUGCAAGGAUAGCAGAUGCUGUUGUCGUUGGCGCCCCUGAUACUACCAAGGGCGAUGUGCCUUUAUGCCUUUACGUGAUGAGACCACCCCAAGAUGAUGAAGAAAUAGUGGCUGAAAGUACAGUAACCCAGGAACUUAUCGCAUUAGUUCGCCAUCUGAUUGGGCCAAUAGCAGCGUUUAGAAAAGCAGUUGCAGUUCCUGCGCUACCACGGACUAGAUCAGGCAAAGCGCUGAGAGGAGCAAUUGCAAAAUUAGCUAGAUCACAAUUAGUGCGACUGCCAGCUACAAUUGAAGAUGCAAGUGUAUUUGCUGAAAUAAAAAUUGCACUGCAAAAAUUUGGAUAUGCCAUAGAUGCACCCGAUCCUGAAGUUUGAGAAAAUACUAACUAUCCUUUCAUUUCAAUCUUAAUGAUUGGAUUUUUUUUAGGAAACUUAGGAAAUCAAAGAAAUAUGUGCUUUA